UCCGGCGCGGCCGGGGCCGGCAGCCUCAACGCCGCAGCGGCGAGGAGCGGGCGCCACAGGGAGCCACGGGAGUUGUCGGCGCCGCGGCCCGUGCGCAGGCUCAAGUUUCAACGUCCCUCGGAGUAAGUUGCCUCAGAGUGAUUCAGCAGAUUUUGAUACAGCACAGUGACCUUGCCUGCGGGUUACUCUGCAACAGCAUUAACCCAUCUGAUCACACAGGCAGGAUGGUGCAAGGCAGUUUAUGCUCUAUGGACUGCUAAAGUCAACUGAGUUAUCAGGAGAAAGCCGCCAGGAGCACAGAGGGCAGCGUGUCUUCUGAUGCCACUCUUCAUUCACUGUCUCCUACAAUUGUCUUUGCUGAGAGUUUUCCCCAGGUCAGAUUCAAAGAAACUUUUUUGGCAGAAAGAGAAAAACACCUUCUAUGUCCAAGAAUUAAUGUCAUCAGAACCAAAUGUCCUGAAAGAAUACCUCCAUCAGUAAGGAAGGGAAGGAAGCUUAUGAAGGAUUCAGGCUGAAGUAGCUGAUGUGACUUAUGUCAAUCUACUAACAGAGUCCAAAGACCAUAAAAUAUGAAAAUAAAAUGUGGAUUGCUGCCACAGCAUUUUUUUAAACUGUGUGAGCUUUUCAGACAUCAGAUUCUUUUUAACUAGCAGGCUGCUAAAUGAUGAGAAGAAAAAGGCUGCAAUUUUCUGCUGGCAAAGGAGACGAGAACUCUGAAAUCAUGGCAGGGAAACCCAAGCUGCACUACACCAGGGGAAGAGGGAGGAUGGAGUCAAUCCGAUGGCUGUUAGCAGCAGCUGGAGUUGAGUUUGAGGAAGAAUUCAUAGAAACCAAGGGAGACCUAGACAAAUUGCUCAAUGAUGGAGUCCUGCUGUUCCAGCAAGUGCCCAUGGUGGAGAUUGAUGGGAUGAAGAUGGUGCAGACCAGAGCCAUCCUCUGCUACAUAGCAGGGAAAUACAACCUCUAUGGGAAAGACCUGAAGGAGAGAGCCUGGAUUGAUAUGUACGUGGAGGGAGCAACAGACCUGAUGGGGAUGAUCAUGUCUCACCCUUUGCAACCAGCUGACACAAAGGAAAAGAAUCUUGCCUUAAUCAUUGAACGAGCUACAACCAGGUACUUUCCUGUUUAUGAAAAGGCCUUAAAAGCACAGGGGCAUGACUACCUUGUUGGCAACAAAUUAAGCUGGGCAGACAUCCAUCUGCUGGAAGCCAUUUUAAUGGUAGAAGAAUGUAAGCCUGGUACACUGUCUGCAUUCCCUCUGCUACAGGCUUUUAAAGGAAGAAUAAGCAACAUUCCUACAAUCAAGAAAUUCCUGCAGCCUGGCAGCCAGAGGAAGCCUCCACCAGAUGAGAAAUAUAUUGCCAAUGUGAGAAAAAUAUUCAAUAUUUAGUCAUGUGGCUGCUGAAGAUAAGACAACUGUAGCGUUCCUACCAGAGCUGUGCCUUACAAGCGUAAACCGCAAAGAUGCCCUCGGUAGCUUGCACCGUGUAGCCAGUGGCAUGAUAACUGUUGAAAUAAAACUCGCAUUUAAAUUAGUACUGGGCUAAUUUGGACCUGUUGAGGAAGCAGCAUUUCAUGGAGGAGUUGCACAAAAUAAAAGAUGCUGAUCCUU